AUGUUUAUGGCACAAAGUAGAGUAAGCAGCGGCCCUCAUGACAAUAUGAUAAGUGGUGGUUUAAAUAAUUCUUAUAGUCAAUCUGGACAUUUUGGAAAUCCAGCCUAUUUUAUGGGCCAGCCUUCGAGUUCGCAAUCCAUGUACAGCUAUCCUGAUACCUCUUGUAGGAUGGCAGUUUCCGCGACAGAGCUUAGCCAAAACUUUAACAGAACCGCUAUGGCAUACCAGAACGAUUUAAGGCUGAACUAUCUCUCUCAUCCUGGAAAUGCUGAUUAUAGUUCAAACUUUAAUAACACUGUCCCCGGUUCAUGUUACAAUAGUCAUUGCAACACUGAUAUGCGAAUGAAUUACAACAAUGGAACUAGUAGCUCUGUUACUGAUAUGAACUCAAACUACAACGGAAUAAACCCUAGUUACCAUGAAAACGGAGGAAAUGUUUUGUAUCAUCAUUCGCAUCAGGGGGGGAAUGGGAAGAACGAUUGUUCAUCUGAUAUUUUUGCGAAGCCAGCGGCUUUUGGAGAUCACUGCUCCAGUGUUCGCCAUAAGCUAGAUGGCAGUGUGAUACCAGCCAGCCAAGAUGCUGUAUCAGUUAAAACAGAAUUGGUGCGAAACCACUGCCCUUACACUGUUGGUGGCGGUAGCAAUGGAACUUACAGUGCUUCAGAGCAGCAACCCCAACUGUUCAUGGGAAGUGUCCCUUCACCAAUUGCCAAAGAUCCCGAAUGCUUUAGGCCAAGAAUCCAAUCCGCUGUCCCACCGUCUACAUCUUACCCUAACUCACCUUCAAUUUCUUCAUCAGCACCUGCUAUGCACACACAACAUCCUCAUUCGCACAAUCAUCAAGGGCAAUUCGCCGAUGCCAACAAUAGAUGUUUCAGACUGAAUAGCAAUGGAGCUCCCGGUGGCAUACCAAAUGCAAAUGGCUCUUAUGAACCUCUAACACCCCCACCUUCAGAGCCGAAUACCAGCCCACCUUUGGAAAGUCUACCAAGAAAGACACCACCGCCUCCAUAUCCAGCUCCUUUCCCGGUUUCAAAGAAUUCUGAAUCUUCUUUGCAACCCAGGUUUAACCGACGAAAUAACCCUGAAUUAGAAAAAAGAAGAACGCACUACUGCAAUUUUGGGGGUUGUAGCAAAGUGUAUACGAAGAGCUCACACCUAAAGGCGCAUCAACGCAUACAUACUGGCGAGAAGCCCUACAAAUGUCAGUGGGCCGAGUGUGACUGGCGUUUUGCCCGCUCGGACGAAUUGACGCGUCACACUAGAAAGCACACCGGUGACAAGCCCUUCAAAUGCCGGGUCUGCGAUCGGGCAUUUGCUCGCUCUGAUCAUCUGGCCUUGCAUAUGAAACGUCAUCAGCCGAAGCUCCACCGGCCCGGCCCCGCAUCCUCUGCCGCUGCACUCUGA